GUGAUGGGAGUUUGUUAGCGGAGUUUUGAGGGUCACUGCGAUUAAACGGAGCGGCAUUAGAUCGUUUUUGUAAACUAUAUAGAGUUAGAUAUGUACUGGGAUCGUGGGUUCGGUCCGAUAACAAGGAUUCCAGUCCUACGUGUGUGUGUGUGUUUUUAUCUACAGCGGUCUGACUAAUGUUAGACAGUUUAAAGGACCCCUGUUCAUUUUUCCCAGCACCCUUGGUAGCUUAGCGUUAGCUAACUAAUAAUGCAAGCCAGUGCGAUGCGAUAAGAUGCUGUUUUUAAUGCAAAGUAACCUGAUCAGUAUUUUAACACUGCUACAAUGACUUAAUCACAGCGUAUCUGAAUAGCACCCGGGGUUCAGCAAAGCUUGAUAACUUGCCAUCUAGCAGCUAGUCGGUUUCUAUCUAGUACGAGACACACGCCGCUAAAAUGGCUUUGAUUUGCUUUCGUCUGUUUAAAAUUCAAACCGGACCCCCUCUUCUCACACUGCGCCGGUUUCGGGCCGUACAUGCUCGUCCUCUGCUUCGGGGGCAGCCGCACACGUCUCAGGGAAACACAAGGCUCUCUGCCUCUUUCCGGAGCUUCGAGAAAUGGACUCGAGUCCAGAGCACAAGCCUCGUUAGCUCGGGCAACGUUACUGUAAAUGUCCGUCUCUCGGCGAUAACCGAACCUGCAAAACAGUUCCACACUUCGGCUGCACUCCGAGCCCUCCCAGCCCCCCUCAUAUGGCUGGUCCUCAGACCUCUCCAAAAGGUGGCAGCUAUCAUAAUAGGAAGAAGUAUCAGGAAGUGGUGGAGGGCUUUGCCUCCUAAUAAGAAGCAGCUUUUCCGUGAGUGGGCACGGCAGCGGCGAUGGCAUCUGGUAGGAGCUGGAACUGGCCUGCUGUUCUUCAUUUCACUCUUUUUCUUUACCCACCUGGAAGAGUCUCCGGUCACUGGCAGAAGCAGAUUGCUGGUUUUUAGCAGAGAUGCCUUUAUGGAGCUGGCCCAGCAUGCUUCAGAUGAGUGCAUGGAGGAGUAUGUGGAUGCAUUCAUACCUGUUUCAGACCCCAGGCAUCAGGUGGUUGAACAAGUGGUCCAGCGCUUGGUCCAAAGAAACCACGACAUUGAAGGGAUUAAUUCCUUGUCCUGGAAUGUUCACGUGGUAGACAGACCCUCUGUCAACGCCUUCGUUCUGCCUAAUGGGAAUAUAUUUGUGUUUACAGGAAUGCUGGAGGCUGUUGCAGACAUUCAUCAGCUGGCCAUUGUACUGGGGCAUGAGAUGUCCCAUGCUCUGAUUGGUCAUGCUGCUGAACAGGCCAGUAUGUCGCAUGUAGUGGAUUUGUUGUCUCUGAUCCUGUUGACAGUUAUAUGGGCCAUCUGUCCUCGAGACAGCCUUGCUGUGCUGGGCCACUGGAUACAGAGUAAACUGGUCCAGUUUAUGUUUGACCGACCCUUCAGUAGGAAACUGGAAGCAGAGGCGGAUCAGGUUGGAUUGAAACUGGCUGCUAAGGCAUGUGCAGAUGUGAGGGCCGGGCCUGUGUUUUGGCAGCAGAUGGAGCUAGCAGAGCAACUGAUUGGAGAGCCCACCAUUCCAGAGUGGCUGUCCACCCACCCCUCCCACCACAAUCGCAUCACACACCUCAACCGCCUGGUCCCAGAGGCUCUGGAGAUCCGUGCGAAGUGCGACUGCCCCGCCCUUCCUGCUAUUGAUCCUCGUGUUGCCUUUUCCAAGACUGUGCAACUGCUGCUAGAGAACACGAAGAAACAAGAAAGCGAGGAGAGGAAAGAGAGAGAAAUCGCAAAAGAUGCCUCCAGUUCCCGUUCCCGGUUGGGAGGAGUACUGGCUACUUCUGUCCUUUCACAGGCUCUGCUGAGUAAAAGAGACUUAACUGAGAGUGGACUCACACUUAAAGGGGUUCAACCAACUGUAAGCCUUCAGACAUCAAAUGGCAACGAUCAGGGAGAUUGCCGCCUUUGCUGCAGUAACAGCCUCUACUCUUGCGGGAAGGCUGUGAAGAUAUGAUUGCAUUCAGCCACAGGAUCAUUAAUGAGGUCAGGUACUGAUGUGGAUGAUUAGUUCUGGAUCACAAACUCCACUCCAACUCAUCCCAAAGGUAUUGGAUGGUGUUUCUUCACUGCACAGCUCCUCAGCCCAGUGCUGGAGGACUGUAUACUCCUCAAGCCAACGCUUGCCACGGGACAAUGUGAUCUUCGGCUCAUCUGUUCCAAAGUGUCCUGUUCUAUACUCAGUGCUUCCCUUUGGAAAUGAUAUAUUUUUUGCCAAAAUAUUGCUUUAGUCAAGGGUACUGUGUUCAUAAGUGUCACUGCGAACUUGUGUGAGCAAGUAAGGGCUGAAGAGGAAGGCUUCCCCAAGUUCACAGUUUCAGUAAGGCACAGUACAGAGAAUAUGCGCUCUCUGUGGCCUGGUAACCUGACAUGAUGGAUCCAGUGCAACGGCAAUCAGUAACACAAUCCUGCCCUUUGUGCAUUUGGGUAAGUGAAAUGGAAAGUCUGUGUGAGGGAUCAUUUCCAUAUGGAAAUAUGAAUAAAGGGGGCAUUAAUCAUAAAAAUAAGAGAGUGAUCAUAAACACAGGUGUAAUUAGCUUUAAUGUUAGAUUUAGCAUAAUGCCCCAAUGCAGAUGGAUUUCUUCAAAGACCAGAAAUGGCCUUUGUAUAUUAUGUAGGUUCUGUUUUUAAGUUCAUAACAGUUUCUCUGUCUAUGCAAAGAUAUUUAUGAUGAUAAAAUCAUACCAAGUAUUAAUCAUGCAAGUACUAGAUGAAUUAGAUUCUGUGUGACUGAAGCUCACGUGUAAUUGGAGCUGUUUCUUGUCCACUUUUAUUUCUGUCAAUUUGAUCUGUAACUGUAAAAUGAAAGAAGUUGCUAUGCUAAAUCUAUAAUAUAUUCAUGCUCUGAAUAUGGACAAAGACUUUGCUGAAGUACCUAAUUGUUUUCAUUGUUAAAUGUUUUAAAGGGCUUAUUUUCUUUAAAGAUCUAAGAAUGUUAUUUAGUUACUGUAAAAUAAAUACUUCAGCAAAGUAUGUCAAAACUUUCAAAUUACAUUUUUAACCAGCCAGUAUCUGCUUCUGUGCUAGGUAAUUGUAUUGUGUGGAGGAAAACCAGCCAGUAAAAGAGUCGUUUUUUCCUUGA